AGGGCCCCGGCACAUUCGGGCCCCGCCCACCGGCUCGCCCCCGCGGCGCUCGGAGCGAGGCUCACAGGAGUUCCGUCGCUCUCGGCUGCUCAGGACACUCCAGAUUCUUGGGCUUCCCGAGACCUACGGGCUCCACGAUCCUGGAGGCCUUGGUUCCCGUGGUUCCCAGAGUUCUUGAGUUCCCAGGCGCCUCCUUGGCUCGGGGAUCCAUUCUUUGACGGAGGCCCUUUCCCUUGGCAAAGUCCAAGGGAGCCUACUACCUGUUCUGUGCAAGAUACACUUCUUUUUGCCAUUUUCACUGUAGGAAAAUUUCCCUCCCAUUAAAAGAUGUUUCGAGAGUAAUGUUAGAACGGCCAUUUUAAUAUUACCCCGAAUAAAUAGUAUAAAAGAUCCCUUGCUUUGCUUCUGUUCAGUAAAUGUAGCACCCCUCCCCCAAAGCAACAUCGUAAGUUUGGCGUUAAAUAAAUAAAAUCAAUAUUUUUUGUUCUAUUUGUCUUUGAACGAUUUAUGCUAUAACCUACUGUCUCUGGGCAAAUAAUAUAUUUUUAUGUGUUUGGCCCAUGUCUUUUUACCUUGUUUCAAGUGUUACUGUGAUAUCCAGAUGUAGAUCACUGGAUAACACAGUCUGGAUCAACUUCAUUUCGUGUACGUGAGUGUCGACACUGCACAGGAGUGCCAUUUUACUUGCACAGGAAUGCGACUUUUAAUGUAAGAAAAGAAAAUAAACGAUCUACUGUAAUCGUUUACAUC